AUCAAGCAAGGCGUACAUCAAGCACUCAAAAGCUCUCAAGUUUCGAGCUCUUGCAACGACGGAGAACAACAACCGCGGAGGUUCUACAUCUUCAUCAAGGCACCAUAUCCACAAGACCUAGAAAUCCCCAAAUCGAUUUCUAGAUAUUCAUAUCUACUUCCGCAAAUCAACGGUGGAAUCAAGCUCUCAAUUCCAGAACAAGCUUCGGCCCUUGGAUUAAAUCUAGGAGAAGAAUCAGAGGAAUCAACAAAGAUUGUAACCCAUUUCGUUUUGAUUAAAAUAUAUUUAUUUGUUCCUAUUUUUUCUUGUCUUGUAAUUUAUUUUGCAGACAUUUAAAUUUGAGGUUAACAAAUUGGCACGCCCGGUGGGACCACUUUGCCUCUCAUCUCCUCUCCUACAUCGAAGCGCAUAUCCACGUGUUCAACGAUCCAAUGGCUCCAAAGAAGAACCAAAACUCUUUGAUCCAAAAGGCUGCCGAGAUUGCCACCGUUGUUGGUUUAUCAUCCACCGGGGGCAAAAUCGAGAAUACAACUACGACAAACGGCUCAAGCUCCUCAGGCUCGGAAGAGAUCGAUUCCAAAUCUCAAGCCUUCACCACAUUGUCGGUUAUGGUGGUUGAUGCGACUUCCGUGGAUGAGCAAUUGGCGCACUUGGCCCAAACAGUGGCCAAUCUUCAAAAAAUAGUCGAAGACAAAGACAUGAAAAUCGCUCAAUUAAUGGAUAAGUUGGAACAGUCAGAGGUUGGGGAGUUUAGCCCGAAGCACGAAUCUUACCCGCUUCGUGACGAGAAGGCAAAGCAAGUGGAAGAAGCACAUCCCAAGCCGGACUUCGUGCAAGGCGCCACUCAUUCUUCGAUGUCUGUUGCCACGCUAUCUGUACAACAAUUGCAAGAAAUGAUUGCCAAUACUAUCAAAGCGCAAUCUGGAGGACCAUCUCAAGUCUCACCCAUGUAUUCAAAGCCGUACACUAAGCGGAUCGAUGCAUUGAGGAUGCCAGCGGGAUACCAACCCCCAAAACUUCAACAAUUCGACGGAAAGGGGAACCCCAAGCAACAUAUUGCUCAUUUCAUCGAAACUUGCAAUAAUGCGGGGACUAACGGCGAUCUCUUGGUGAAACAAUUCGUGAGAUCGCUCAAGGGAAACGCUUUCGAUUGGUAUGUCGAUUUGGAACCCGAGUCCAUCAACAGUUGGGAAGAGAUGGAACAUGAAUUCUUGAAUCGCUUCUACAGCACGCGUCGUACUGUGAGUAUGAUCGAGCUUACCAACGCGAAGCAGUGGAAAGAUGAACCGGUUGUGGAUUACAUCAACCGUUGGCGUGCACUAAGUCUAAAUUGCAAGGAUAAGCUAUCCGAAGUGUCAGCGAUUGAGAUGUGUAUCCAAGGGAUGCAUUGGGGACUUCUCUAUAUUCUUCAAGGGAUUAAGCCCCGAAAUUUUGAAGAAUUAGCUACUCGUGCCCACGAUAUGGAAUUGAGCAUCGCUAACCAUAAAAGCGAUUUUACCGUGGACAGUCAAAGGAUAGAAAACAAAGACUCAAGGAGAAGCGAUAAAUUCGCUAGGAUUGCUGAAGAGUCUAUGGCCAUCAAGGCAGGUAGUGUGAAGAUUCAAUCGAAGAAGAGAGACGAAAGAGAGGAAAAUCAACGUAUGUUCAAUGAUAGACGUCAACCUACAUUGAAAGAAAUGCAAGAAAAAGAAUACCCGUUCCCGGACUCUGACGUCUCGCAAAUCUUUGAUGCGUUGUUGGAAAAGAAAUUAAUAGAGUUGCCUGAAUCAAAACGCCCCGAGGAGGCCGAAAAGGUAAAUGACCCUAAAUACUGCAAGUAUCAUAGAGUUAUCGGCCAUCCUAUAGAAAAAUGCUUUGUGGUGAAGGAAAAGAUCCUUAGAUUGGCCCAAGAAGGAAAAAUAAUCAUAGAUACCGAAGAUGUAGUCAACACAAAUGUUGCUAGCAUAGCUCAUGCCCGGAGUCCUCGUCAAGUUCUAUCCUCUAUUAUAGAAGAGUCGUCGAAAUUUCAAUUCGGGAGCCUUGAGCCAACCUUUGUGAAAUCUCUGCUUCUUGAGAGAGAAAUCAUAUGCAAAGAAGAUUCCACGCAUGUAGUUGAUGAUGAUGGUGAAUGGACCCUCGUGACGCAUCGACAAAAACAAAGGAGGCGUGCUGAGAAGCUUCACUCAUUGAAGCCAAUAAAGCUACCUAAAUGCACUCACUAUGAAAGUGGGAUUGAUGAUGCGAAAGCAUAUGGCACCUUACCUAGAAGUUCAUUCAAAGGUUCCCGUCAUAGUCAAGUAACUUUGGAAGAAUUCUUUCCGCAAUACUUUCUUCAAGCAAAAGCCGAAAGGUUAUCGGCCAUUUCACGUGAAGAAAAGAGUCAAAAACUUGCUACAUGUUGCACAACUAUGACGUUCGCGGAUGAAGAUUUGUUGCUAGGGUCAAAGCCUCAUAAUCGUCCACUUUUUGUCUCGGGGUUAUUGCAUGAGAAGAAGGUCGACCGCAUGCUUAUAGAUGGAGGGUCAGCGGUCAAUAUCAUGCCAAAAUCUACUUUGAAACAAGUGGGGAUCGCAGUUGAAGACUUGACUCGUAGUCGUUUGACUAUUCAAGGCUUUAAUCAAGAGGGUCAACGAGCAAUUGGAAUGGUUCGAUUAGAUCUCACGAUUGGAGAACUAACCGCCAGUACACUAUUCCAUGUGAUCGAUGCAAGGACCUCUUAUCACUUGUUAUUGGGAAGGCCAUGGCUUCACGAAAAUGGAGUUGUUCCAUCUACCCUUCAUCAAUGCUUCAAAUACUUGAGAAAUGGAGAGUUAGUGAAAGUCGAUGCGAAUACAAAACCAUUCACUGAGGCGGAAUCACAUUUUGCCGAUGCUAAACUUUAUGUGGACUUAGACUCGGCGCGAGAAAAUUUGGUAGUUGAGGACACACCUAUGGAUGAUAGUGGCGCGAAGUUCGAGAAGUUGGCUGCUAUAAUUGAAGCCCCGGCGUGCAAAAUCAACAAUGGAAUCGAGUCAUUGUCAAGUCAUCAAGAGGGAGUUGAUUAUGCCCAUCAUCUGCUUGAGAAACAAGGGGCUCGUGAGAAAACGCCAUACGCGCUCGUUCAGCAUCAAAGAGCUCAAGGAGAGUUCAAUCCAAAAGCAUAUAAUCUCCUAACCAAGUGUGGAUACAACUUCUCUAGCUCAUCACGAUUAGGUGAACUAAAACCUGAGUUAACGAGAGAAAAGACCCACGGACUAAAUGAAGCGCAAAGGACAUUGGGAAGACAAGGUUCCCAUGUUGAUCAACCUAGAGUUGGUUUGGGAUUCACGCCAAUUGAACCAGUUAGGAUACGCGUAUCAAGGAAAGAAGAGUGCGUCAACGUCCAACAUAUCACCGUAAAGGAUGGUGGAAAGCAAAAGAAAAGCACCGAUCGUGUUUCUGUUUUUGAUCGACUUGGUGCCCCUGUUGCUCGAGCUUCUGUCUUUGAAAGGCUUGGACCUUCUAAUUGUGUCUCCAAUGUCCAUAAUAGACUGUCUCCAAGUGGUACAUCUGUUUUCACACGUCUUGGCGGCCGUAAAGGGCAACAACAAAGGAAAAGGGACCGUGAUGAGAAAAUAGACGAAUUGGAAUUGAGAAGUGAAGCUCAAAGUCCUCUGCCACUUCGACCAAAUAGAAAAGAUUCAUCGAUCUUGCUUAUUGCAACAAAUGGAGCGGUGAAGAUGAAGCUAUGCGUCAUCAAACAUCAUGUUCCUAUGUGCGAAGAUGCUCAAAGUGAAAACGAAGUGGAAGUCAAUGUUAGCUCGUGUUAUGCAAGCGCCGUUGAUGAGUUGAAUCCAAAUCUCGCAUUAUCCUUGAAGAAACAUCUCAUUUUGGAUAAGAGAACAAGAUAA